AUGCAUCGACGAUUGCGGUCAUUAAAAGAUCUAGACAGUCAUCAGCACAUGAACGAGAACCUAAAGGAAAUUGACGAAGCCAACGGCACCACAAAGACCAAUGGUUCACUUCUGAGCGCCAAACAACUGAGGAAAGCGGAGAAAAGAAAGGAGAAAGAAAAGCGCAAAGAGAACAAAAAGGAGUCACCAAUCGAAGUGAAAUCGAUAAAAGAGUUCAGCGAAGAGGUUGAGGUGAACAGACUGAAAGAGUUGCUGCUACGAAAUCAUUAUACAACUAAUGGAAAGCGCCAUGUUGCAGAUAAAAUGAGCACGUCAAAUGUUCGAAUUGCUCUCACGGCUGGCUAUGGAAUAGCUGGAUCGGGUUAUGGAGAUCGAUUGGGAAAUGAUGAUGAUCAUAAAGCUGAACAACAGUAUUCCGAUUUGUACUCACCAGUCAACUAUGAUGAGAAGUAUUUUGAGCACGCCGCGAAAUGGGUUGACAGAAAAUAUCAGACACAUCGACCGCUCACUCAAAUCUGGCAAACGAUUCGAUCGGCCACGAAAGAUAGCAAGGACAAUUGGAUGUCAAAGUUUUUGAGCAGUGUUGCUGAGGGUCGGAUUCAGCAGGUUACCACUGGAAUCAAUCACAUUGAACAAGUGUUGCGAGGACGUCAGACUGACGAGAAUCGGUUCCGGUUUAUGGAGCGAAGCGAGCUGUUGAGUGUGAUCGCCAAGAUGAUUGUUGAGAAAUUGUCCGACGAUCGAGUUGGGAACAAUAUUAUAAUGCUUUUGUCUGCUGGCUGUUUCGGGCCAAAACCUUGCCACUCGAGGGGGCACUCGGUUUGCAGCACUCUUCACUUGUUACUCGCUUCUUUAACCGAACACGAUCGUCGACGUGUCUUGUCGAUUCGCUCGAAUCUCGAGGGAUACCUUCCAUUGCACUUUGCUGCAAUGUUUGGCCAGCCUUGUCAAAUGGCUGUUUUGCUCAAUUUUGGUGCGAAUCCGAAUGUUCAUGAUAAUUAUGGAAAUCUACCGUGUUUUUAUGUGUUGCAGAGGAAUAAUGUGAUGAUGAUUCGACAACUUUUAUGGGCCGGUGCUGAUAUGAAUUCGGCGUUAAUGGAGACUGUUCACCCGUAUCGAACAGAUGUUGAUUGUCUUGAGGUCGAAGAAUGGCUACGUCUUCGUCUAGCGUCGAUGGAAGAAGCUGUUUACGGGUGGACUUGUAGCUCGCUGGAGCACUUGUUUAGGAUAAACCGAAAAGUCUCUCGAUUGCAUCAAAUGCGAGUGAACUGUGAUGGAGAUGAUACGGCGCAAAAGCGGGGAUUCGAGAAUUUCGACGAUUCGAACUCCUUCACUAGAAAAAUCCAAUUAUUAAUCGAUGAGGAUGACGAGUCAAUUCGAUGGGGAACAAAUGACUCUUUGCUUUUGAUGGUAAUUCCCGUGCAAUGGACCCAUUUCGAAUCAAGCACUCCUCCCGAAUUUCCGCAUCUCAUUCGAAUCGGAUUGUUCAAAAGCGAUCAAAAGACCCCGAUCAAGUUCUUUAGUGAUGCGAAGAUCUCGAGUGGAUGCGGUAGUCCAAAGGCGUUGACCUCUCCACUUUCACUGAUUGACAAUGGCUAUUUUUAUCUCUACACGUUGCCGAAAGGGUUUCCUCGUGACUCAAAUCCGACGCUGAACUUUACGAUCAAUAAGACUUUUCUCGGGGAGAGAGCGAAACACUGGAGGCUGUUGAUUCAGGCUUUUGCGGCCACUCCCGUUCAA